AUGUCUUGUGCUAAAUCGUUUACCUUUCCAUCUUUUUCAUUUCAUUCUUCUCAUUCUUCUCUUUGGUGGAGGGAUAUUAUGAAUAUUGGGAGGGGUUAUUUAAGGGACCCAAUUGUUGAAGGAUGUAGCUUUGUUGUGCGUAAUAGGUAUCACACUCUUUUUUGGGAAGCUAAUAGGUGGGGAGGAGGUAUUUUGAAGGAUGUUUUUUCGGAUGUUUAUGAAGCUUCUUGUUUGAAAGGUGUAUCGGUGGCAUUAAUGGGUGGGUGGGUGGAGGGAAAUUGGAAGUGGGGGGAUUUUGGGAUCUCGAGGGAGAAGGAGGCGGAAAGAGGACUUUCGGCGAGUAUGAGGUGGUUGAAGAAGUUGGUGGCCGAUUUCAUUGGUGUGUGGGAAGGGAGAGAUGUUGUUUCAUGGAAGUUCAAUUGGGAAGGGGUCUUUUCGGUGGCAUCUUGUUACACUUUUUUGGGUUUAGCUGUCAUUCCUUUUGGGCCACCAAAUGAGUUUGAGGAUGCUUUUGGUCUUGUGUGGAAGGCGGAGGUGCCUUUUAAAAUUAAGGCUUUCGGGCGGAGACUUCUUCUUGAUAGGAUCCCGACAAAGGAUCUUUUGGUGUAUAGAGGUAUUUCUUUUCCUUUAGAUAAAUUGAAUUGUUCGUUAUUUGGAUAUGAAGUAGAGAAUAGAAACAAUUCUUUUUUGGGUUGCCGGGUGGUGAAGGCAAUUUGGUUAGACAUAGCUCUUUGGGUGGGUAAAGAGGGCGAUAUGGAGGACAGGUGCUUGUCAAAUUUUAUGGAUUGGCAUCGGUUCUUCAAGGAUAAAAAGGUUAAAAAAAAGUAA